GGAAAGUUGAGGCCGUGCUGCCGCCGGGUCUCCGGCCUUGAGGGCUCCGGCUCGCAGCGGCGGCGGUGGCCGCAAGAAGAGGCGGCGGGGGCGGGGGGAGAGGAGGGCCUGGGCCCGCGCUCCCCCAGCCCCAGAGGAGCAGGCGGCGGCCGCGGACGGAGAUUCCCUCCGGCGGUCGGACACUCCUGCCGUCCCCGCCUGGGAUCAUGACCCAGGUGGGCGCCGCCGCCGCCGCCGCGGCCGAGACCGCGCAGCCCGCGGUAAGAAGAAAACAAAACUUAUAGACCACCCUCUGGCAGAAGAUGAUAGAUUUGGAUCAGAAACAGGAGGUGUUGGAAGCCAGGAAUCAAAAGUGAAGAAAUUCUGCAAAUCCUUAGGGAGAAAACAGGAAACCACACUCGCCAUCUCCUUCACUGUACAGAACAGGUAUCCCAACUUGACAGACCUCUUUUGAAAGGUUGUCAGUCCCUGGGUUCCUAUCACUGUAACCACUGUAACCAUGCCAGAAAUGACAGAGAAUGAGACUCCUACAAAAAAGCAGCACAGAAAGAAAAACCGGGAGACACACAAUGCAGUGGAGAGGCAUAGAAAGAAGAAAAUCAAUGCUGGGAUAAACAGAAUAGGAGAGCUGAUCCCAUGUUCUCCUGCGCUGAAGCAGAGCAAGAACAUGAUUCUGGACCAAGCCUUUAAAUAUAUAACAGAAUUGAAAAGGCAAAAUGAUGAACUCCUGCUUAAUGGAGGAAACAAUGAACAAGCUGAAGAGAUUAAGAAGCUACGCAAACAACUGGAAGAAAUUCAAAAAGAAAAUGGCCGAUAUAUUGAAUUACUGAAAGCAAAUGACAUAUGCUUAUAUGAUGACCCCACAAUCCACUGGAAAGGAAAUCUUAAAAACUCAAAGGUCUCUGUAGUUAUUCCCAGUGACCAGGUUCAAAAAAAUAUCAUUGUUUAUUCCAAUGGGAGUCAUCCUGGUGGAAACAGCCAGGGAACAGCUGUUCAGGGGAUAACCUUUAAUGUUGGUCAUAAUUUACAAAAGCAAACCGCCAAUGUGGUGCCGGUACAGAGGACUUGCAGUCUUGUGACUCCUGUGUCUAUUUCUGGAGUUUACCCUUCUGAAAACAAGCCAUGGCAUCAGUCCACAGUUUCUACAUUGGCCACCAACCAGCCUGUUCCUCUUUGUCUUCCUGCUACCAUUUCUGCUCAAAAUAUUCUUGAACUUUCCACCUCCGAAAGUGAAUCAAGUGUGCCUGGCGUGACUGGUGGCUCCUUGAUCGCUGUUCCUGUUGGGCCUGAACCUCACCAACAUUGUUCCUUGCACACAUGUCUAAAUGAUCAAAGUUCUUCUGAAAAUAAGAAUGGGCAGGAGAGCUCCACAUUACUGAAGAAAACAGUCCCUUGUGCCACAAGCGUCCCCACCAGCUCCCCAGCCACUGCCACCAAAGCACACUAUGGCAGCAAGUCAUGCCUGAGCACACAGGAUUUCACAAGUGAUUUUCAAACCACCUUUGUUGUUUCAGUUACCACCACAGUCUGCUCCCAGCCUCCCAGGUCUGCAGGUGAUUCUUGUCUCGUGAGUAUGAACAAGGGUGCCGACUCAGCAAGUGUUACUGCAGUGGUGGCCCCAUGUCCCCCUGGAGGGGGGAAGGCCACCACUCCUGUAAGCACUCUUUCUGCAAACCCUUUGGAUAAUGGUUGGAUGCUUUCUUGUUCUUUGCCUUCUUCAACUGUUAGUACUUCUGAUUUGAAAAACAUUAAUAGCCUUACCCGAAUUCCCUCAGCUGGAAACACGCAGACAACAUGGACUACUUUGCAACUGGCAGGAAACACUAUUCAGCCCUUAAGCCAGAUACCAUCUUCUGCAGUGCCCCCAGUAUUAAAUGAAUCUGAUACUAGUCCCACCACAACCAACCACAGUAGACACAGAGCUACAGGCACCAACUUGAGUAAUUCUUUUCCAGCAGUUGGGCAGCCAGUUGAGCAAGUAGUUGUAACCUUGCCUUCUUGUCCAUCUUUACCUAUGCAGCCGCUGACUGCCCAGCCACAAGUUAAAUCUCAGCCUCCAAAAAAUAUCGUUCCUUUGAAUUCAGCAAUGCAGGUGAUUCAGAUGGCGCAGCCAGUCGGGUCGGCUGUUAAUGCAGCUCCAGCUAAUCAAAAUGUUAUCAUUCUUCAGCCACCCAGUACCACACCAUGCCCGACAGUGAUGAGGGCAGAGGUUCCCACCCAAACGGUAGGUCAACAGAUAGUCAUCAUACAGACAGCUAAUCAGAACCCUUUGCCUCUCCUCUCAGCUCCACAUCCUGGUUCUGUUCGACUCCCUGUCAAUGGAGCCAGUGCUAUAAUUGGGUCUAAUAACUCAAUGCAAAAUGUUUCGACCCCACAAACUUUUGGAGGAAAGCAUCUUGUCCACAUAUUACCAAGACCUUCAUCGUUACCAACAUCUAAUUCAGCGCAGACUUUUUCUGUUACCAUGUCAAACCAACAACAGCCUCAAACCAUUUCUUUAAAUGGACAGCUCUUUGCUUUACAGCCUGUGAUGUCUUCAUCAGGAACUACAAAUCAAACCCCUAUGCAAAUUAUUCAACCCACCACCAGCGAAGAUCCAAAUACCAAUGUUGCCCUGAACACAUUUGGCGCUUUGGCCAGCCUCAAUCAAAGCAUAUCACAGAUGGCUGGGCAAAGCUGUGUGCAAUUGUCCCUUAGCCAGCCUGCCAACUCUCAGACUGCUGCAAAUAGUCAGACCACCCCAGUUAACUGUGUUUCAUUAACAACAACCGUAGCAUCUCCCAUGACAACAGAUAAUUCAGCCACACUAAACAGUAUUUAUAAUCUAGUGACUACUCCCUCAGUGAACAUGGUAACUUCUUUGCCUAAUGUGAAAUCAAAAAGGUUGACUAAGAAGCCAGGUGCCAAGAAAUAUUUAGCAUCUAACAAGUCAGCCUGCCCUCUAAAUCCAGUCAGAGAUAUGGACAAAUUAGACUGCCCUGGCCCUGAAGGCCCCGCGGAGCCAUCAUAUAAUGGCGGACUGCUGGAAAGCCUCCCUGUGGUAUUACCGUCUGCCGCUAUGGCCCCGGCAAAUAGUGUAAGUGUUUCUGGUCCACAUUCUUUAGAUGCUCUGGAUUCUGAAUCAGUGAUACCUGAGUCUAAGUCAGUGGAAGAGUCUAGCUCACCCUCCCAAGAAUCUAUAACAAGUGAACAUUUUACAGUGGCCCCAGCAAAAUCCAAAGAUUGUGCCCCCAUUUUACAACAAGACACAUCUCAGGAGAAGCCACUGACUAGUUUGGCAUUGUCAGAUGCUGCCACAUCCCGCACUUCAGCUAACGUGUUGAUUCCAUCUCCAAAUGAUCCCCACAUUUUGGUUUCUCAGGUUUCUGAUUUGUCAUCUGCUGCAAGCACUACAAGUACUGACUGUGUUUCUGAGGUGGAAAUCAUUGCUGACUCUUGCAGGGUUGAGCAAGGUUCAUCAGAUACAGUGCAAACCACAGGUCACUUAAAGGGGCAAGGUUUAACUGAACUGCUAUCUGGUCUUGCUAAAGAAAAAGACUCUCAGAAACCACCUCUUUCAGUCCAGGUGGACCAUCCUGAUUUUUCUUCAGGAAGUUCUAAAAUAGUUGAUUCAAGUGUUGAUUUGCAUCCCAAACAAGAGUUGUUGCUGAUGAACAGUGAUGACAGAGAUCCAGGACAGCAUCAUGCCUGCAUUCCUGAUCAGGAAGUUAUGAGUGGUUCUUUGCUCACCAGUAGACAGGCUGACUCUCCCAUGUCAACCAGCUCUGGCAGUAGUCGUAGUUUCUCAGUUGCAUCCAUGCUUCCUGAAACAAGUAGAGAGGAUGUCACCAGCAAUGCAACAACUAAUACUUGCGACAGAUGUACCUUUGUAGAGCAAACUGAUAUAGUUGCUCUUGCAGCAAGAGCUAUUUUUGACCAGGAGAACCUUGAGAAGGGAAGAGCUGGCACCCAGGCUGAUAUGAGGGAAGUUACUUCAAAGCCUUCUGAAGCAUCAUCUUUAGAGGGAGACCAUCCUUUCAAAACACAGGUAUCUAAAGAGAAUGGCUCAGGACAGGCAGAGGCAACACCAAAUGAAUUCAAUCCUCAGGAUUCAGUUGAAGCAACUGUGGAUAGGCCCCUUGAAAAACCAAGUUGUUCCAUAGGAAUUAAAACAUCAAAUGCCUCUUUACAGGUUUCAACUUCUCAGCCCCCGAGCAUCACCAGUUUAAGUGUGAAUAAUCUCAUCCAUCCGAGCAGCAUCAGCCAUCCUCUUGUGAGCUGUGCUGGUUUAUCCCAAACUUCAGAACAAACAGCUGUCCCUGCAACAGUUGAUCUGACUAUUGGAUCUAGCUCCUACAUGAGUCAGCCUCCCGGACCAUCUCUCAUGACUGAAUAUUCCCAAGAACAGCUGAAUACUAUGACUGGUGCCAUACCAAACCCACAGACUCAAGAGCCACUCUUAAAGCCAAGUCAUGAAAGCCGUAAAGACUCUGCGAAGCGUGCUGUCCAAGAUGACCUCUUAAUGUCUUCAGCCAAACGUCAAAAGCAUUGCCAGCCAGCCCCCGUCAGGCUUGAUGGUAUGUCCCUGAUGAGCCGCACUCCAGACAGCAUUUCUGAUCCAACUCAAAUGAUGGUUAGUCAGAUCCCUCCCAGCUCUUCAAACUCAGUUGUGCCGAUUAGCAACCCAGCACACGGAGACAGCCUUACAAGAUUAUUCCCACCUGGUAACAACUUUGUGGCCCCUGCUUUGAGGCAAACUGAAGUUCAGUGCAGUUCUCAGCCUUCAGUUGCUGAGCAGCAGCAAGCCCAGGCCAGUCAACAUUUACAGGCCCUGCAACAGCAUGUUCCAGCACAGGCGGUAUCUCACCUGCAUAGUAACCAUCUCUACCUGAAGCAGCAGCAGCAAGCAGGGCAGCUGAGAGAGAGGCAUCCCUUGUAUCAGCUGCAGCACCAUGUGCCCCAUGCAGACAGCUCUGUCCACCCUCAGCCCCACAGUGUCCACCCACAGAGAGCUUUGCAGCAGGAAGUUCAACUGCAGAAAAAGAGGAGCCUUGUUCCGGGCACGCAGACAUCUCAGCUUUCCUUACAAACGAAGCACCAUGGCACUGACCAAUCCCGACCCAAGAGUGGUCAGCCACAUCCCCACCAUCAGCAGAUGCAGUCACAGAUGCAACAACGCUUUGGAAGCUCCCAGCAGGAGAAGAGCUGUGAAAACCCGUCAACGAGCCGGAACCACCAUGCCCACCCCCAGAACCAUCUCAGUCAGGAUAUUAUGCACCAGCCCCAGGAUGUUGGAAACAGGCAGCAAGGUUCAGGGGUUUCUUCUGAACAUGUAUCUGGGCAUAACCCGAUGCAGAGGCUCUUGACAUCUAGAGGCAUAGAGCAGCAAAUGGUGUCCCAACCAAGCAUUGUGACUAGACCUUCAGACAUGACCUGUACCCCACACAGGCCAGAGAGAAACAGAGUUUCAAGUUACUCUGCCGAGGCGCUCAUUGGAAAGACAUCUUCUAAUUCAGAGCAGAGAAUGGGUAUAUCAAUUCAGGGUUCCAGAGUUUCAGAUCAGCUUGAAAUGAGAAGCUAUCUGGAUGUUUCCCGAAAUAAGGGUUUGGCCAUUCAUAACAUGCAGGGUCGUGCGGAACAUGCUGUUGCCUCAGAUAUCCGCCUUUCUGACUGUCAGACAUUUAAACCAACUGGAGCCAGUCAACAGCCCCAGAGUAAUUUUGAAGUACAAUCUUCAAGAAAUAAUGAAAUAGGUAACCCUGUAUCAUCACUGAGGAGUAUGCAGUCCCAGACUUUUCGAAUUAGUCAAAACCCUGGUCCACCACCAAUCGACCGACAAAAGAGAUUACCGUAUCCAUCAGUUCAGAGCAUCCCAGCAGGAAAUGCUGUCCCAGCAAGGGACAGUGAAAAUACAUGUCACCAAAGUUUCAUGCAAAGUUUACUUGCCCCUCACCUUGGUGAUCAGGUCAUUGGGAGCCAGAGAUCUCUCUCAGAACAUCAGAGGAAUACACAGUGUGGUCUGUCCUCUGCAGUUGAAUAUAGUUGUCCCCCAACUCAUGAAGGUGUCCAUAUUAGAAGAGAUAGUGAGAGUCAGAAUAGAGAAAGUUGUGACAUGUCCUUAGGUGCCAUUAACACCAGGAACAGCACCUUGAAUGUUCCAUUUUCGAGUUCUUCCUCAGGAGAUAUUCAAGGUCGAAACACAAGUCCCAAUGUUUCUGUACAGAAGUCCAAUCCCAUGAGGAUCACUGACAGUCAUGGGACCAAAGGCCACAUGAACCCACCAGUCACAACCAACAUACAUGGGAUUGCAAGGCCAGCUUUGCCCCAUCCAUCUGUGUCUCAUGGAAAUGCUGAUCAAGGGCCUCCUGUACGUCAGACAAAUUCUUCAGUUCCUCAGCGAUCGAGGCAUCCCUUGCAAGACAGCAGUGGUUCCAAAAUUCGUCAACCUGAAAGGAAUCGUUCCGGAAACCAAAGGCAUAGUAAUGUCUUUGAUCCAAGUCUUCCCCAUCUUCCUCUGUCUACUAGUGGCAGUAUGAUUCUUGGACGCCAACAACCCACUACAGAGAAGAGAGGAAGCAUUGUUCGUUUCAUGCCCGAUAGCCCACAAGUACCUAAUGAUAAUUCAGCACCUGACCAGCAUACACUAUCACAAAAUUUUGGUUUUCCUUUUAUUCCUGAGGGUGGCAUGAAUCCACCAAUAAAUGCUAAUACUUCUUUCAUUCCACAGGUUACCCAGCCUAGUGCCACUCGAACUCCAGCCCUCAUCCCUGUAGAUCCCCAAAAUACACUGCCUUCUUUCUAUCCCCCAUACUCUCCUGCUCAUCCUACACUGUCCAAUGAUAUUUCGAUCCCCUAUUUUUCUAAUCAAAUGUUCUCAAAUCCUAGCACAGAGAAGGUAAACAGUGGAAGUUUAAAUAACCGAUUUGGGUCAAUUUUAUCUCCUCCCAGACCUGUUGGUUUUGCUCAACCGAGUUUUCCUCUUCUCCCUGAUAUGCCACCAAUGCACAUGACCAACUCUCACUUAUCCAAUUUUAAUAUGACAUCAUUGUUUCCAGAAAUAGCUACAGCUCUUCCUGAUGGCUCCGCAAUGUCACCUCUGCUUACAAUAGCAAACUCCUCUGCCUCUGACUCUUCCAAGCAGUCCUCAAACAGACCUGCCCACAACAUAAGCCAUAUUUUAGGUCAUGACUGCAGUUCAGCUGUUUAAAUACCAAUAGACUAAACGUACAUGUAAUGGGUGAGAUUACAAAUGUAUCUGUAUGUGCAUGCACACAUAUGUGCACGUGGAGAGGUUGUGCGUGUGUAUGUCUAUGUAUGAUCAAUGUCCAGUUACCUUCUGAAUGUAAGGAAGCCAUGUCAGAGAUGAUGUGAAUACGGGGUUGCCAGAAACAAAUUAUCUUUCAUUUUUAACUGCAUGGUGUGCUUUUUAAAUUUUCCCAGCAGAUUUGCAUUUUCAAGUUUGUAAUCUUCUGUUCCCUAAAAUAUUAAUCAGCUGAAAGUUGGGGGCUGUCAUCUUGGUGUGUGCUAGGUAGAAGGAAGGAGCCUAGAUUUUAAACUUGAUAAUUUGUCAAGUAGUGUGUUGAGAUAAUUGAGUUGCUCUCCCAAAGUACAGACAGUUUGAUGUAACACAAUGGCUCAUAACCAAAUGCCAGCUGAUGUCAGCAUUCAGAACAGUUUUUUACCCAUGGCAAAUUUUGAAUUAAUAAAGAACGAAUGUCUAUGGUUAAAGUCAAGCAGUUAGCAAAUAAAUGAGUUGUUUAAUCAGCCUUAUUCCCAAGGUUUGGUUUAGAUAGAGGUUUCUUAAUUAUAGCAACGCAUAAAAUACCUGAAUUUUAUGUCUUGCUCUUCAAAUUAGGGAGCCAUGCUAUCCUUUAAUGUGCCAAGAUCCUGUAAAGCAAAGGUCUUCCUUAAACAAUUAGCCUUAAAAAUAGAAAUCAAAAAUGCAAAGUACAGAGAUGUUCUCUAUUCUGUACUAGCAUUUUGCAUCAGGCCAUAGGAUAAAAGCAGUUAUAUCGUGAAGUUUUGCAUGUGUUCAGUUAAAGAUUGUUGUUUCAUCAAGUGAAUUUGUUUUAGUAUUUUCUCUUUGUUCUAUUUAUUUGAUCUUGAAGUAAAUUUUUUUUACAUUUGUUUAAUCGUUGGGGACUGAUCAGUAAAUAGGAUCUUUGGAAUCUACAUAAUUAUUUGAGCCUUACUUUUUAAAUAUUUCUAAGGAGAGUUUUAAGCUCUGUCAGUAUCUUUAUUUACUGAUAUUUAUAUUUAAAAUACGGCAUUGUAUGUUGCAUUAUCUUUCAUAGUAGUAGUAUAACCACAAGAUGAGUUUGUUCAUUAUUUUUCCUGAUGGUAGAUGCGAAAUGGUGCUUCAAACAAUUGUCUUUAUGUAUGUCUGUGUGUGUGAGUGUGUGAGUACACAGACAGAGAUUUUUAAAGUAUAAACUGGUCCUUUAAAAAUAGGCCUGCCAUCUGUGAAAUGGGAAAUUGAGACCUGCUGAAGUAUAGAAAAACCUGAUGUCAGGGUUUCAAAAAGCCCCACUUUAGUUAAUCAUAAAUCUAAAAAGUAUGUAUGUAUAUAUACACUCAUAUAUUGCUUUUGCAAACUUAGAAAAAAAACCCCUAGAGAAACAACCAUAUACACUUAUAUGCCCCAACCCGUUAUUUUCUGUUGUUAUACUCUGCCAAAAAUGGAGUGAGUGAAGUGGGAAGGAUGGACUGUCCUGUCUGCUCUACUAACAGAGUGAACCCAAAUGCAAGCAUUUAAUUUUUUCCCCUUAAGAAAGCCUCCUAAGGCCUGGGCAGAGCAGUUAACUCCAGCGAAUACCUCUUCCAAAGACUCAGCAAAAGGGUCACCUGUGCCUCUUCAACUGUUCUUACCAAACUUCCCGAUCUCUUCCUGCUUCUGACUGAGGCAGCCACCUGGGCAGAAAAACAUUGUGAACAAGGAAAACUUCUGUAUUUUCUCCCUUCGGAAUGGUCAUUGGGAGGAAUAGAAGUUACUUAAGACAACAGGUAAACACAGUAGUUAAAACUCGUAUUUGAGAAAAAAAAAUGAGAGUUUCUACUUGUUUUCUAAUUACCUUAACUGAGUUUUAAGCUUAACAUUCACAUGUUUCCUUGUACUUGAAAGGUUCAGUCUGCCAGUUUUAAGGACAGUUUUCAACGUGGUUGACUGUUCAUUUUCACUCCACCCCCUCUUUCUCACUGUCUCUGUCUCCGUCUCUCACAUAUACAGCACAGUAGCUAUUGAGUUUGGAAGAACUGGUGACUGUUAGCUGUAAUUGGAACUAAGGUAACAAGCUAAGAGAAGAUCAGUUUGAACAUUGCAGUGGAAGGGCUUCAAAGCCUGGGACUUCCAGAUAUUUCUCUAUUGCACUGAUUAUAAUUUUCUGUCUAACUCUGUUCAGAGAUAGCAUUUACAUUUCUCAGAGCUCUCACUCCACUCAUAUAACACUUAGAUCCCAAGUGAGUCUCUAAGUAAGGCUAUUUGACCAUCUGAAGAAAGAUGUGACCACCUGCAAAUAAUUGGGUUCCUGUGUACCUGUAGCUCUGAAUUUACAGAUGUGUGUGUAUAUGUAAGAGACCAUUUUAUGUAGGGACUCAAUUCUGAAAGUGUUCAGAGCACAAUAACCUUAUUUGAUUUAAAAGCACGAGUGAAUGAGAUUUACCAGCAGUGUAAAGUUUUUGAUAAUUAGAGCUAUGUGAUAUUUGGGAGGAAAUUUAUUUAAUACUUAGCAAACUCUGGAUAUAAUUUUUGACAAAAGAAUGUCAGAAAACAGUCAAUUUUGGUGAUAGUAAAUUUAAUGUUAUUCUUGGCUUGCUCAUAUAUGACUAAAAUAUAAAACAAUUUUGUAAUUUCUGGAAAUAUGCAAAUGUAUGUAUGAGUCAUAAGUAAGAGUCAUUUAUUUAAGUUAUUUCUCUUUUAGUGUUAUUGAUCACAGAAUCAGUUGCAGAAAGUGGUCGAUUCCUCCAAAUAUUUAACAUAGUAACUUCUAAUGAUGUGAAAAAAUUUGAGAUUUCUUAUCAUAUGUAAACUUUUACUGUGUCAAUCAUGGAUAAACAAAAUCAAGUUUGAUAUUAUUUGGGGUAUUUUGGUAUAUACAGGCUUUUUGGGGGACGUUUUAUACUGUUUCAGGAAAUGUAUUUUUGUUUUAAUUGUAAGAUCUAUACCAGAGAUGAUACCCUUUUUUCUAAAUAAGGAGUGAGAAUCCCACAUUAAUCAUGCUUUAUAACAUUUAACAUAUCCGAACUGUGGAAAGAGAAGCACGAGGAGGGAAUG